GGGGAGGAGCCUUUGCGUUUGGCGUUUGUGUCAGUGCGUGCACGCGCGCGCGCGUCGGCGAGCCGCUUUAUUUACACGAAUGCGCCGCAAGGUUACAGUGCACGCACACGCACACGCUCGUCGGCGUGCUCGCUCGCAGGCGCGCGCGCGCACACGCUCGUCAUCUGGAGCGCUCGGGGACUUGUUUAAGCGCACGAGAACGCGCCACACGCACGCCCCCCACACUCUUCUUGUUCUUCUUCGUCUUCUUUCUCGUCUUCGAGGCCGUCAAAGACCGGCGUUGGCUGUCCGUCAUCUUCCUGCCGCACGGCGAGAGCUAACGAGCUAACUAGCUAACGAGCUAGCAUUCGGUGUCUGUCAACAGGAUUCAGAAGCGAGGGCGAGAGGAGCUGCCGCCGAGCCCGGCUUAACCAGGGUGGCGUUCCCGCCAGCAGUGCCGGCCACAGGCGGCUCAAUCCAACACCGAGGUUCACUCCAGUAUGCUGUUGGUGUGCUAAGGAUGGAGGACUCCAGUUUGUGCCUUGGCAUGUCAUCGGCGGUGCCCGACGCCGAAGCCCACCUGAGCAACGCGGUGCUCAACGGCCGCUACCCGAUCAGCCAGAAGCUCCACCAGCUCACGGCCCAGCUGGGACACGUCUUCCCCGACCUGCAGCGCCCGCAGCAGAUCCCCGAGGAGAAGGCGGCGGCGCCCCUGGACGAGAAGAGCCACCACGCCGCCCUGGCCAGCCAGCCCAUCAGCAGCCAGAUGGCGCUGCUGGCCAACCAGCUCAACCGCGACAUCGACGCCGGCGCGCUGAGCGGCUUGAACGGCCGCGUGGACCUCCAGCAGUUCCUCAACGGCCAGAACCUGGGCAUCAUGUCUCAGAUGAACGACAUCGAAGACGACGCCCGCAAGAACAGGAAGUACCCGUGCCCGCUGUGCGGCAAGCGCUUCCGCUUCAACAGCAUCCUGUCGCUGCACAUGCGCACCCACACGGGCGAGAAGCCCUUCAAAUGUCCCUACUGCGACCACCGGGCGGCGCAGAAGGGCAACCUGAAGAUCCACCUGCGCACCCACAAACUGGGCAACCUGGGCAAGGGCCGCGGCCGGGUCCGCGAGGAGAACCGGCUGCUCCACGAACUGGAAGAGCGAGCCAUCUUGAGGGACAAGCAGAUGCGCGGCGGCGUCGCACCGCUGCAAGCGGCGGCGCGCGAGCCCCAGCUCGGUUUCAACAGCGGCGCCAACGCCCUCCAGCAGCAGCUGGGCUCGGCCUGCGGCCUGCCGCCUCCGCCGGGCCUCGCCGCUCCGGAAACGGCUUCCUCGCCGAAGCCGACCGGGGCCCAGGACGAGCAAUCCCUCAACCCGUCGGCGGGCUUCCGCUGCACCUUCUGCAAAGGCAAGUUCAAGAAGCGCGAAGAGCUGGAGCGCCACAUCCGCAUCCUCCACAAGCCCUACAAAUGCACCCUGUGCGAGUUUGCCGCCGCCCACGAGGAGGAGCUGAUCAGCCACGUGGAGAAAGCCCACAUCACCGCGGAGAACACGCAGGGUCAGGGCGCCGGCGCGGCCGGCGGCACGCAGAUGGCCACCGAGUUCCGCUGCGACGUGUGCGGCCAGGUCUUCAGCCAGGCCUGGUUCCUCAAGGGCCACAUGCGUAAGCACAAGGACUCCUUUGAGCACUGCUGCCAAAUAUGUGGCCGUCGCUUCAAGGAGCCCUGGUUCCUCAAGAACCACAUGAAGGUCCACCUCAACAAGCUGGCCAUCAAGAGCAAGCCGCCGCAGCCCGGCGAGCAGGACGCGGCGUCCCUCAACAGCAUGAGCGGCCUGGCGCAGGAAGCCCACGCCAACCUCUACUCCCGUUACAUCUCCUGCCUUCAGGGAGGCUUUCUUUCCCCGGACAAGCAGGGUCUGAGCGAGCAGCACCACAUGCUGGCAAAGGCCGGCAUCGCCAUGAAGGAGAAGGACAUGCUCGGGAAGCUCCUGGGCCCCGCGGCGGCGGCGGCGGGAAUCGGCCACGGUCUGGGCGAGAACGACAAGCGCUCCCUCCUGGGUUGCCUCAACCUGGUCCCGCCGCUCAAGUCCAGCUGCAUGGAGCGCCUGCAGGCCGCCGCCAAGGUGGCCGAGAUGGAUUCCCUCAACAGCUACCGGGCGUGGCAGAUCAUGGCUCGCGGCAUGGCCAUGGACCGAGCUUUCAUGCCCAAGGAGCAGCCGCGCCACCCCGCCCCGGGGCCGGAGGAGGACCUGGCCGGCGCCGCCCUCUCCUUCUCCAAGGAAAAACAAGACUUUUCCCCCGCCGCUUCCACGGACGGCUCCAAGAAGCAGCUCUGCGAGGCCCUGCAGGGCUCCAAGGCCGCGAGUGCCGACGCCAGGGGUUUCGACUUGAUGUCGCAUCACAUCGGAGCCGACGCUCCCGGCGGCCUGUCGGCCUUGACGAGCCCCAACGUGGACAAGCCUUCGGAGUGCCCCGACUGCGGCCGGGUGUUCCGAACCUAUCACCAGAUGGUGGUCCACUCCCGCGUCCACGGCAAGGACCGGCGAGGCGUGGAGGAAGCGCUCCAGCAGCAAGGCGUGGAGGAACGCCGCGGCUCAGCCAGCGAUCCCGAGUCCCAGUCCAUCAGCCGCUCCACAACCCCCGGGUCCUCCAACGUGACCGAGGAGAGCGCGGCCGGAGGUGGACACUCGCAGACGGGAAGUGUCCGGGAUGACAGCCCGCACCCCUCGUCGCCUUCCUCAGAUGCCGGGGAGGAGGCGGCGGCGGCGGCGGCUUCGGCAGCCGCCAAGGCGGCCGUCGGCGUUCCGCCGUCGGUGUCUCAGCAUCGCGAGCGCUCGCUGGGCUCGGCCUCCAAAGACUGUCCCUACUGCGGCAAGUCCUUCCGCACCUCGCAUCACCUCAAGGUCCACCUGCGCAUACACACAGGAGAGAAGCCCUACCGCUGCCCUCAUUGCGACUACGCCGGCACCCAGUCCGCCAGUCUCAAGUACCACCUGGAGCGCCACCACCGAGAGCGACAGAACGGCUCGGCCCCCCUCGGACACGGCCCCUCAUCGGAGCACAAGGAUGACCACGGGAAGGCGGCGGCCGUCGGUGGCGUCUUUGCCCGCCCCGAUGUUCUGCGCAACGUCUUUAAAGGCCUCCCCGCCAACUUGGACUUCAGAGCGGGCCCCUUGCUGCCGCAUCAGUGGGCGUCGGCCAGCGUGGCGGCGGCCGGCGAACGCGGGGACCGCCACUUCGAUGCCCUCGCCGAGAGCGUGAAGCCCAACGAUGGCCCCGCCUCCCUGGUUCACGCCGAUGGUCCCGCCAGCUUCUCUGAUCUAAGCCGGGCCUACCAAAGCAUGAUGGGAAACGGAGUUCACUUCCAAGGCACCCUGCAGGCCUUCAUGGACAGCUUUGUCCUCGGCUCCAUGAAGAGAGAUCCGAAGGAUAACCAGAGUCCGGUCCAGGUCCAAGCCGCCCAGUCCUACCUUGACAACGGUGAGCCCAGAGCCAAGCGCGCCGCCGCGGCGGACCGAGACAAAGAUGAAAAACCCGAGGCCAAGCAGAAUCCCUCAGCCGGAAAACCUGGCUCCCAGUUUGAGCCGCUGGAUCUGUCGGUGUCGGUCCGGCCCGAGUCCGGAUCCGGUUCCCUCCCCGGCUCCUCGGUCACCAUCCACGACAACGUUGCGUGGCACGGCUGUCUCUUUUGCUCCUUCUCCACUGCAUCGCUGGAGCUUAUGGCCCUUCACCUCCAGGCCAACCAUCUGGGUCAGGCCCAAACGCAGAGGGCCGAGACGGGCAGGGAAGUGCACGGAGAGGCUUCUCCCGUCACCCAUCGGUCCCCGAACGUCAAGAGUUUGCUCUCUGAAAACGACGGGGAUGGAGAAAGGAACCAGGUGGGCUGGAGCAACCACAUCGACCAGCCCUACAACCCCUUCCAGAGCGACUUCUACAGGCGCUUUGGCGGCCUGUACGAUGGCUCUCCCCGGGGGGCGGCUCAUGGUCUCCAAGGCUACGUGCCCGCAACCGAGCAGGGCCUGGAAGUUUCCGGCAAGGCCUUCGGAGUAGCCUCUUCAGCUCCGGACGAGCAAAUUGGUGAGAGGAGCUCCUGCGGAGAACCCGAGGAGGAGCAGCUCGGGUCUGAUGACGAGGUUGUCAAAUCUGGGGCGCACAUCACCCGAGACACCCCGUUGGCCACGCCCAAAGAGGGGCAACGCCAUUCCGACGAGGAGCGGGACGAAGCCGAAGAGGACGAGGAGCGAGAUGACGACAUGGACCAAGAUGAAGAAGGCAGUCCGGCAGAGGACCGCGCUCAGAACCACCAUAAGCGCCUGCGGGAUGGGUCGGUGGCCUCGUCCUCUGCCGUGUCGCCGCCGCUUUUCCAGCCAAACCAGAAGCAAGUCUUGUCCCUGGAGAAGCAGUGGCAGCAAGGCAUGAACCUCCUGCCCCUACCCGAAGCCCCGCCGGCACUUCUGAAGGCUGAGCAGCAGAUGAACAUGAUGUCCGUGCUCCGAGCCUACGGAGGCGACAACCUACCGGCCUUCAACGUGAAGAGGCCCGACCCAACAGUGCCCGCCUGGAUGUUGGAGGAGGAGGAGCCGGUGAGCCUCGAGCCCGCUCUGACCUUGGACCAGGACCACCUCAACAGUGACCUUGACGAGCUGGGCGACCUCCGCCACGACGAACAAGACUAACUAUCAAUUAAACUGAUGAAGAAAAACUGUAUUUAAACUCUCUCACACACACACACACACACACAUUUGUGGAAGGCGGACGGAAAGAAAAAAAAGAGAGAAAAAAAAAACUUUUGUUUUGAAACUACCUGUGUGACGACGAGCACUUCCUGUCCACUUUCAGGCUUCCCCCAGCCAGCCAGGCUACUUUUUGGGUUCCUUCUUUCCUGUAUUCCACCCCCAAGACUUGCUACACAUAUAAAUAUAUCGUACCCGGAAUGUAUUCUUCUGUAGAAUAGCCACGUUAACGCGCCGCCUAACUGUUAAGCGACGUAGCGACGUUUCCAGGCCGUCGUUAAACGGAGGG